UGAGAGACUGAGUGAGGAGAGGGUUCACAGAGCGAGUGAGCUGAAUAGAGGAGGAGGAGCACCCGAGCAGGGAUGCACACACAGAAGGAAAAGAAGGAGCGAGAGCAUGAAAGAGCUUUUAAGGGAUUUGCCAGUGAUUUGUAGAAUCUCACUGCUGUGAUAUUGUACUUUUCCCCACCCUGCCCCACACUUGUCUUCAACUCUGCCAUGAUAUCAUACUAAAGGCUGAAAAAUCAGCGUUUCAUUUUGGGUUUGGUGAAUCUCAAUUUCAAGUUUUUAGUGUGCUCUGCUAUUUUUGCAAGUGUGAUGAUAAAGGAUCUAUAUUUUGUGUGGAGAGGAGAACCUUGCCUCUGAGAUAGACUCCCACUUUGGAGCAAAUAUGGAUAAGAGCACGUUUGAGGGAUAAAAUCAAGAUUGGUCCAUGAAGAAUGGGCAGGUGUCAAAGGUAGAAGGAGAGGUGUGGUGCGCCGAGUACCUCUGCUGUUCAGCAACAUGACAUCAGAAGCCUUCUCAUCCCAUCAGUGCAGCUGGCUCGGGAAAUUGUCCGGACUGUUGUGGAUGCUAAUGGUAGGGACCGUUCCGGGUUCGCGGGCCCAACAGGGCACCCAACCUCAGUCUCUCAAAAUUGAGGGUGACAUCACCCUGGGGGGUCUGUUCCCAGUGCACUCCCGAGGGCCAGUGGGAGUGCCCUGCGGAGACAUUAAGAGGGAAAAGGGAAUCCAUCGAUUGGAAGCCAUGCUGUACGCCCUGGACCAGAUCAACAGUGAUCCGGAUCUGCUGCCCAACAUCACAUUGGGAGCCCGAAUACUGGAUACCUGCUCCAGAGAUACCUAUGCACUGGAGCAAUCGCUCACUUUUGUCCAAGCCCUCAUUCAAAAGGACACGUCUGACGUGCGCUGUUCCAAUGGAGAGCCUCCAAUCAUCCCCAAACCAGAGAGGGUGGUUGGUGUAAUUGGGGCAUCUGGGAGCUCUGUAUCCAUCAUGGUGGCCAACGUGCUUCGGCUAUUUUCGAUCCCCCAAAUCAGCUAUGCCUCCACUGCGCCGGAGUUGAGCGACAAUAGCCGAUAUGAGUUCUUCUCCCGUGUGGUACCUCCUGAUUCUUACCAGGCCCAGGCCAUGGUGGACAUCGUUAAAGCCAUGGGCUGGAACUACGUCUCAACUCUAGCAUCAGAGGGCAACUACGGCGAGAGCGGAGUCGAUGCUUUCCUCCAGAUAUCCAGAGAAGCAGGGGGGCUGUGUAUUGCACAGUCCAUAAAAAUUCCAAGAGAGCCCAGAACUGGGGAGUUUGAAAAGAUCAUCAAGAGACUGAUGGAGACAUCGAACGCUCGUGGGGUCAUCAUCUUUGCCAAUGAGGACGACAUCAAGCGAGUGUUGCAAGCUGCCAAAAAGGCCAAUCUGACCGGCCACUUUCUAUUUGUUGGCUCUGACAGCUGGGGCGCCAAGAAUUCCCCCAUCCAAGACCAGGAGGAAGUGGCGGAGGGUGCCGUCACAAUCCUGCCAAAAAGAGCCUCCAUUGACGGAUUCGACCAGUACUUCACGUCAAGAUCUCUGGAAAACAAUAGAAGAAACAUUUGGUUUGCUGAAUUUUGGGAGGAUGACUUCAAGUGCAAACUAACACGGCCUGGCAUCAAAUAUGAAGCAGACAGAAGGAAAUGUACAGGUGAAGAAAGAAUAAGUCGAGAUUCUCAGUAUGAACAGGAGGGGAAGGUGCAGUUUGUGAUCGAUGCAGUCUAUGCAAUGGCUCACGCCUUACACAGCAUGCACAUGGACCUGUGUCCCGGCUCGAUGGGCGUUUGCGACAAGAUGGAUCCCGUGGAGGGACGCAUGCUCCUCCAAUACAUUCACUCCGUCAAUUUUAAUGGAAGUGCAGGAACUGGUGUGAUGUUCAACGAGAAUGGAGACGCACCUGGUCGAUAUGACAUCUUCCAGUACCAGCUUUCCAAUGUCAGUAACCCUGGCUAUAAGGACAUUGGCCAAUGGACAAACAACCUCCGACUCAAUCCAGAGGAGAUGCAGUGGUCAGGCGGUGACCGCAAGAUCCCAGAUUCCGUGUGCAGCUUCCCAUGCGAGCCCGGUGAGAGGAAAAAGAUGGUGAAGGGCGUUCCCUGCUGCUGGCACUGUGAGCUUUGUGAUGGCUACCAGUAUCUUCUGGACGAGUUCAGCUGUGACAUGUGCGCCUUCGACAUGAGGCCCCUUAAAAACCGUACAGGGUGCCGGCCCACGCCCAUCAUCAAGUUGGAGUGGAGCUCUCCCUGGGCCAUAAUCCCUGUCUUCCUGGCAAUUCUGGGCAUCCUUGCCACCACGGGGGUGAUCGCCACAUUCAUCCGUUUUAAUGACACCCCUAUUGUUCGCGCCUCCGGCAGAGAGCUCAGCUAUGUGCUGCUGACGGGCAUCUUCCUCAUUUACCUCAUUACUUUCCUCAUGAUUGCUGAGCCCAGUGUAGCAGUGUGCGCUUUCCGGAGGCUGCUUCUGGGGCUUGGAAUGUGCAUCAGCUACGCCGCCAUGCUGACAAAAACCAACCGGAUCUACCGCAUCUUUGAACAGGGAAAGAAGUCAGUGACACCACCAAAGUUCAUCAGUCCGACUUCUCAGCUUAUCAUCACCUUCAUUCUUAUCUCCGUGCAGGUGCUUGGUGUGUUCAUUUGGUUUGGCGUGGUGCCCCCGCACACCAUCAUAGACUAUGAAGAACAGAAGCCUCCGAAUCCCGAAUUUGCCCGAGGAGUUCUCAAGUGUGACAUGUCCGAUCUGUCCCUCAUCCUGUGUCUGAGCUACAGUAUUGUUCUGAUGAUCACUUGCACAGUGUACGCCAUCAAGAGCAGAGGAGUUCCUGAGACCUUCAAUGAGGCCAAGCCCAUCGGCUUCACCAUGUACACCACCUGUAUCAUCUGGCUGGCCUUUGUACCCAUCUUCUUUGGAACUGCACAAUCUACAGAGAAGAUGUUCAUCCAGACUACAACCCUGACGGUGUCUAUGAGCCUGAGUGCCACAGUGUCCCUGGGCAUGCUCUACAUCCCCAAAGUCUACGUGAUCAUCUUCCACCCGGAGCAGAACGUACAGAAGCGAAAGCGUAGCUUCAAAGCUGUGGUGCAGGCAGCCACUGUGUCCACACACCUAUCGCAGAAAUCUAACGACAAACAGAACGGAGAGUCAAAGAUUGAGCCAGACAGGUCACAGUAAAAGAGACUCAAAUGAGAUAUUCAUCACAUGUCAUCACAAGCGCUCUUACUGACAUGAUCAGUCAAACAGAAGACAAAGAAGCAUUUACAGUAUCUUGGGCAAUGUUCUCCCCCCUCCUUUUUUUAGCUGUGACACCAGCAAUGUUCCUAGAUUUCUUUAUUCUCCAUGACUAUUUCACUCUGGACCGAUCUGCUCUGAAGAGUUCACCUUGAGGAAAAUGAUAAAAUUAACAGAACUUAUUGUGAAGGAACGUUAACUACCACAGCAAGGAUUUUUUUAUUUGUGUACACUAUUCACAAAAAGUUAGAGAUAGUCGACCUUCAGGUGAACUUUCACAAUGAACCUAAACGCACUAUGACAUUCACAGGUGAACUUAGUUUGACCUCUAAACCUUUGAAUGCACAAGUUGCUGCUCUCUAACGAGGAGAUGAAUGGCGAAAUUCACUCAUGGUUCUUUUUUUUUUUUAUUUCCAAGGAUGUCCACUUCUGUGCCUUUUUGUGAUACUUCCAGUGUCUCUGUAUCUCUGUUGCAACCAGCUGAUGACACUCUUAAGCUCAGUGGCCAUUUCCCUUUGUGAACAUCCUGUUUAAAGCCUAACAAUGGCAUGGUACUGUUGAUCAAUUAAUAGGUGUUGUCUAGGUCUUGUGAUGUCAAAAUGUAAACUGCAUGAUGAAGAGGACUGCCUCAAUACUAAAUCCAAUCAGCCAGAGUAUGUUCAAUAGAUGGGCAUUCAAUCAAUGUGUGUGUGUGAGGGGGUGUCACAUUUUAAUUUGAGAUGCACAAUAAUUAUCGGGGCGCUACAAUAUUGGGAAAAAUGACGUCACACUCAUCGGUCCGAUACCCCAAAAAACUGGACUGAUAACAAGUGUCGUAUAAUUCGACAGUGCGUUGGUUGCCACACACAGCCUGUUGCAUUGGCUCCUGGCAGUCAUGUACAACCCCAAUUCCAAUGAAGUUGGGACGUUGUGUUAAACAUUAACAAAAACAGAAUAUAAUGAUUGCAAACCAUGUCCAACCUAUAUUUAACUGAAUGCACUACAAAGACAAGAUAUUUAAUGUUCAAAAUGCUAAACUUUAUUGUUUUUAGCAAAUAAUCAUUCACUUAGACUUUUAUGGCUGCAACACGUUCAAAAAAUGCUGGGACAGAUGGCAAAAAAGACUGAGAAAGUUGAGGAAUGCUCAUCAAACCCGUUUGGAACGUCCCACAGGUGAACAGGCUCAUUGGGAACAGGUGGGUGCCAUGAUUGGGUAUAAAAGCAGCUUCCCUGAAUUGCUCAGUCAUUCACAAGCAAAGAUGGGGCAAGGUUCACCUCUUUGUGAACAAGUGUGUGAGAAAAUAGUCGAACAGUUUAAGGACAAUGUUCCUCAACGUACGAUUCCAAGGAAUUUCGGGAUUUCAUCAUCUAAGGUCCAUACUGCAUCAAAAACCGACAUCAAUGUGUAAAGGAUAUCACCACAUGGGCUCAGGAACACUUAGAAAAACCAAUGACAGUAAAUACAGUUUGGCGCUACAUCUGUAAGUGCAACUUGAAACUCUACUAUGCAAAGCAAAAGCCAUUUAUCAACAACACCCAGAAACGUCGCCAGCUUCUCUGCUCAUCUAAGAUGGACUGAUGCAAAGCAGAAAAGUGUUCUGUGGUCCGACAAGUCCACAUUUCAAAUUGUUUUUGGAAAAUGUGGACGUCGUGUCCUCCGGGCCAGAGAGGAAAAGAACCAUCUGGACUGUUAUGGACGCAAAGUUCAAAAGCCAGCAGCUGUGAUGGUAUGGGGCAGUGUUAGUGCCAACGGCAUGGGCAACUUACACAUCUGUGAAUGCACCAUUAAUGCUGAAAGGUACAUACAGGUAUUGGAGAAACAUAUGCUGCCAUCCAAGCAAUGUCUUUUUCAUGGACACCCCUGCUUAUUUCAGCAAGACAAUGCCAAACCAUAUUCUGCACGUUACAAAAGCGUGGCUUCGUAGUAAAAGGGUGCAGGUACUAGACUGGCCUGCCUGCAGUCCAGACCUGUCUCCCAUUGAAUAUGUGUGGCGCAUUAUGAAGCGUAAAAUACGACAACGGAGACCCCGGACUGUUGAACAGCUGAAGCUGUACAUCAAGCAAGAAUGGGAAAGAAUUCCACCUAGAAAGCUUCAACAAUUAGUGUCCUCAGUUCCCAAACGUUUAUUAUAAUGUUGUUAAAAGAAAAGGUGAUGUAACACAGUGGUAAACAUGACCCUGUCCCAGCUUUUUUGGAACGUGUUGCAGAUAUAAAAUUCUAAGUUAAUGAUUAUUUGCUAAAAACAAUAAAGUUUAUCAGUUUGAACAUUAAAUAUCCUGUCUUUUUAGUGUAUUCAAUUAAAUAUAGGUUGAACAUGCUUUGCAAAUCAUUGUAUUCUGUUUUUAUAUGUUUAACACAACGUCCCAACUUCAUUGGAAUUGGGGUUGUAUAUUAUGACCAAAAUUCUUCACUUACAACACCAAAAACAGUCAAUAUCUGCAGUAAAUUAGCUUUUUAUUGCCAGCACUUGCUGAAAUUACGACCAUCCAGUAACUUUGAGUUUGUAUCUACGACGCUCGCGGCAAGACCCAGUGGCCUACAAAGUAGCGGCCUUGCUUAGGAGCUCAAGCUUACAGAGGAGCAAGUGGGGGCGGUUUGGCCAUAUGCGGACGUACAAUUGGGCUAAGGUAACAAACAGCUAAACCUCGCAAAUGCCGCUCCUACAGUUGUCCAGUGGAUAGUACUUUAAAUCAUCUACAAAUGGAACUAACAUCAAAACACACAAUGGCCCUCCUUCAUUGGGCAGGAAAAGCGCGAGUGCGUAUCCAUCAAUGACGCGCCUCUAACGGCUUGCUCAACACCAACACUCCCCCCCGGCACUCUUUGCCAAGCCACAAAUUCAAAUGUCUUUAAAUGAACAUGAACAUUAACGAUGAGCCGUUCUUAUAUUGUUUAAAAUAAAACGCAUGAAUAUUUGAACCGGUGUAUUAGUUAACUUUGAAAAAAAGUUCACUAAUUGAUACUUAUGCUCAAUACGACAGUAUUGAUUGCACAAUAAACUACGGUACAUAAUUCAUUGCAUCUCUUUCUAAUUGUAAUUGUGUAUAGUGAAAAAAAAAAGACAUUCUUUUAUUCUUCUAUUACAUGUUCUGUACAUAUGAUACAGCGAUGAUAUAUUUAACACAUCACCAUUUUGCUCAUUAAAUAUAUUUCCAAAAGUGCUAUUGACAUGCACAUUUCACCAGAUGGGAGCAAGCCAAGUCAUCCAUACAUACAAAGAAAGUAGAACAAAUAAGAUCAUAAAUUAAGUUAUGUGUAAUAAUGUGAAAUGACAGUGAAAAUUAUUGAACAGGCCAACUGGUAUUCAUUUAAUACUAGACAGGUUCAAGACCCUUCCCAUCUGGAGAAACUAGUCGCAUGCAUUGCUCUUGUGAUUUUGGCCGAUUAAUCCACACAAGCAGACUUCAAAUCUUGAAAGUACUGUGGGCUUCUUUUAUGGACUUUUGAGUUUGCUCUUUUCAUAGAUUUCCGAUUGGAUUAAAGUCAGAUGAUUGGCUAAACCAUUCUUGCAACUUUAUUUAUAAUUAACCAAGAGAACAAGAUGAGAGAGGACAGAAAAGGGCAGGACAGGACAGAAUGUGGGAAAUGAGCGAGGGAGUGCUACUGGUGAGUGGUGCGGUGGAAUUCUUUUUUUAGUGUCUGAACACCCGUAAGAACCUGGGAAUUAAUAUGUUAGUAACACCUGUGUUCUUAUUAGUGGUCCCUGCACGAGCAAUUAAAGCUUAUAGCACGCCUAUCGAACUUAUUAGUGAAGGAAGAGCAUAUCACAUGCAUGUUAGUCAACUGGUGUACGGAGUUGCUGAGCCGGCACAUUGAGGAAGGGUGGGCCUGGCCCCGUCCACCCACAACGAGGGGCUAAACUAGCGAGCCCGCCCAGUUCCAAAGGGAGGGGCAUGGGUACCGGACCACCGCCCCCAUGCUGACUUUGGGUGAGAAGCAGGGUCGGAUACACCUUAGAUUCAGCCAAUCGCAGGUCAGUUGGACAUGUGCGUUCAAAGGUUUUAGAGGUGGUCAAAUGAAGUUGACCAAUAAGUGGCCUAUGGCAUUUUACAUUCAUCCUGAAAUUGUCCCCCCAAACCCAGCUCCCCAACUUUUUGUGAUUAGUGGAUGUUGGCAUUCAAGGGUCCAACUCCUCGGCACAACACAUUUUGCAGUUACAAAUGGCACGCAAGAAACUCAUCGCAGCGGCGUAAAAAUAAGUUGUCAUACGGCACAAAAAGACACGCUCAUUCACUGCUGCCAAGGAAGGCAUUGUUGCAAAUUGUAAAUUUGCUGUCUAAGAAAGAAAUAUGUUGUCUGGUCACCUUUCAUCCACAGGAAGAUGCAUAGCCUACUGUGGAAAUCUCUUGGGGUUCAUGGGACAUAUUUACUGGCUCCGAAAGCACUGCAUGAGUUUUUGUGUUAUAUUAAAUGUUAUAUAUUACUCUGACGGGGGGUUGAACAGUUGAUUGCACUGAAAAUUGUUUGAAAAAUGCACCACACAUUCAUUAUUGAAAAUUGGGAAUGCUUUCAGCAUUCCAGUAUUAUUGGCGCAAAGCAUUUAAAGCAGUCUGUAAGCAUCAUGGCAGUACAAUGUCAAAGUAGUCAUUUACCUUGUCAUCAAAACACAAUCACUUGGACAAACAAGGCAAUGGAGUACAUUGUAUGCUUUUUCAUAGUAAUGAUGACCACAUGGUGUAUACUUGUAACACAUGGUGUAUACUUGUAACACAGGAGAACUUAAAUUAAAAUUUACCUAAGCAAUGCAGCCAAAAAGUACACCAUUUGUGAA